UCUUUGGGGCAGCCGAGAUAACUAGAGAUCAAACUGCGCCAAAAUCUGAUGAAUACAAAACCACAUUCAAAUCUAUGAAAAACUAAUUUCUCCCUCUCUCUAUCUGUCUAUCUCGCUCCUAUGGUGUGUGUGUGUUGGGGGAGGGGUGGACAUGUUGUUGGAUGUCUGGUGCAGCUUCCGUCUCCAUGCAAACCUUCAAGAAAGUCUCAAGAUUAGCCCCUUGGCACUGAUAACGACUGUGGGCGUCGUGGCAUUAUGAGACACAAAGUUGACUGCUGAAAAAAAUGUGUGCGGUGCCAAAUUAAAAACAAACGCACACACGCGCGCGCGUACCAUAACCCACACAAGCGUACACGAACAAGAGACCGCGUGGACGCGCAGAGAAGCCACGUUUUUUUGGGUGCAUUUUCGGUGGAUGGGGCGGUCAGUGGUGAGCAAACUGACCCCAAAAUGUGUAAAUAAAGCAACCCCUACCCCCGGAAUGAGGCGUUACCCCUCCGACUUUCUCGAUCAAUCACAGGGGACAGUGGCUUCUUUUGAUAAAAACCCCAAAUUGUCAUUGGGCAGAUGCAAUCAUGUGACAAGCAGCACGGUCUAAUUCCAACCAUGUCCUCAUGAAAGCAAUAGUUUAUGGCAUAGAGGUCUUCAUACGACUAUAUCAGGUUUGGUGGUUUAUGGAAAUACACUUCUUAUUAAAUCUGAAUCAACUUAAAGUCAGCAAAUUUUCAAGACAAGAAGGAGGAGAUGAAUUACGAAUUUGGGCGAGAAAGCGGUUUUAUCAACAGCCAGCCGUCGCUCGCUGAGUGCCUGACAUCUCUCACAAGCCCUGUCGGUGAUGCAUUUCAAAGUUCAUCAAUCAAGAGCUCGGCGCUUUCACAGUCGACACUGAUUCCUCCUCCUUUUGAGCAGACCAUCCCUGGCCUGAACCCGGGCGUCCACCCACGCCACAGCCGCUCAAAGCAGGCUCUGGGAGGCUGCAGCCCGCUGCAGGCUGGAUCCCUACCCCCGGAGUACCCGUGGAUGAAGGAGAAGAAAAGCAUCAAGAAGAACCAGGCUGCUGCUUCUUCUGCUUCUGCGACAAGGACUGACUCCUCACCGCUCUACUUCUCCCCCCAAGGUUCACCAGAGGUCCCAGAGGGUGGUGGUGGUGGUGAUGUUGGCGGUGGAGGGGAAUCCCGGAGGUUGAGGACUGCGUACACCAACACCCAACUUCUGGAGCUGGAGAAGGAGUUUCAUUUCAACAAAUACCUGUGCAGACCAAGGCGAGUGGAAAUUGCUGCCUUGCUGGACUUAACAGAGAAGCAGGUGAAAGUGUGGUUUCAGAACCGGAGAAUGAAGCACAAGAGGCAGACCCACUGCAAGGAGAACCGGGACAGUGAGGGGAAAUACGCGUGCCUGGACGACGGGCCGGAGGACGAGUUUGAGCAGGCGGCGGACAGCAGCGCGGCCGGGACGCUCCUGGAGAGGGAGAGGUAUUUCCACCAGAAUACCUUGACUUCACAACAGCGUCAGAACGGGCACAAUGGGGGGAACCAAAGCCCGACUGUUACGCUAUUGAACAGCAAUGAGAAAAAUCUGAAACAUUUUCCAAACGCGGCACCCACUGUUCCCAUCUGCGGGUCAACAAUAGGUCCGGACAAUGAUAAUUCCCAGGGCCUGGACGUGUCUUUGCAGGAUUUCCACGUUUUCUCAUCCUCCUCCUCUUUCUCACCGAGUUUGUCAGAUUCACCACAAAGUCCCCUGGCUUUAUCAACCGAAACUUUUGACCUUUUCUCAGAAACACUCACAACAAUCGACCUGCAAAACUUGAGCUAUUGAAAUAUUGCAACAUGUUUUAUUUUAAUGCAGCUUAAACACUCAGUUGUAGCGUUGAGGGGGGGGGACUAAUAUAUCUCACAAAUAAGGUAAGAAAAAACAACAGUGCUACUAUUUAGCCUAUAGUUUAUUCCACGAGGCUGCAAGAGCACGUUAAACGGUUUAUUUUUAUAUGGAUUUUGACUAUAACUGAGCAGAAUAUAUUUGUUGAAAUAAAACUUUACAUGGAUUGAA